CACACACACACACACACACACACACACGUCGCAAACAGGAAAUACUGCGCGCAUAUCACAACUACACAGCUCAGCUCAGUGCUGCUAGCAAGAGCUCUGUUUAUCUGAGAAGCUUAGAGAGAAAUGGCCCCAAAAGACAUUGAAUACCAAACCGCUUUGAUAUUAGACUGUCUCUUUGAGGACGAGUCGGGAACGACAGAGAGAUGUCUGCCAGAGUCAGGCUUGGUCCCAGAUGGUGGGGAAGCAGUUGUGUAUUCUGUAGAGGAUGACAGUUUUGAUCCUGUAAUAAUCGCCGACCAGCUGCGGAGCAUCGCUGACCAAUACAACGAUGCUGUGCUACAGCCCAUGAUGGAUGAGUUUCUAACGCAAGCCCGAAUGGCAGCAGCAGAUCAGCUAGCAGCUAUGUUUUCACAGACGGUGGAUCAUCUCAGUAAAAACUGGGCUUCGCAGGGUGGUGAUGUCAGACAGGAGAUGUGUGCUCUUAAAGCAGCCACGGCGUUGGGUUUGUACGCUCGCAAGAAGUGCCCAGAACUGAGCUCAAUCCGCAGUGCCAUGGCACAGUUCGUGAACACUCGCCUGGGGGACUGGAUUGCACAGCAGGGGGGCUGGGGUCAGGUUGCAUCCAGGUAGAAGAACAGAGUGAAGGGACGCCUGGGGGAGUGCAGCAGAUUCACUGGGUUUGAAUGGGACUCCGAGCACACUGCAAUGCUAGCUAAGGGAUACUACAUUCCAGCCAUUCUACUGCUAUUGAAACAGGAACAUUAUAAUACACUAUCAAAUCUGUAGGCUCUGUUGAUUCGCCAAUAAAAAACGACUAAUGUUUCCUUUCU